GGAGAUAUUGCAUCAGACAUUAGCGGCCAGGUCGGAUCAUGAGUUUGAAUUCGUCAAUUGUCGGCGGCCCCUUUCCGGGGGUCUUUACGGUGGGAAUUUCCCUCUGUGGUGUCAAAAAGACGAAGGUUUCCGCCCAAAUGACCCAGCCCAAAGCGGUUGCAGGUCCCUGUCGACGAUGUUGAGGGACGUGGAUCGCUGAGAAAUCCUCAUUUGUUGUCAUUCUCAAUGACAGGAUAUUGGGAGUUUACCUUUAUAAAACGAUGGCACACUCUCUAGGAUCGAUUCGCAGCCUGCUGCUUAACGUACACAGUUUCCUUCGUGCGCAAAGAUGGAAACUCCACUCACUCGCGGAUACCUUCAUCGCCCCCACGGAUGGCGGGAGUAUGUCUUCAUUUUCGUCCUCUGUUCAACACAGCUCUUCUGCCAAAUCGCACUCGGCUACGUUAUCAUUCCGCUCAGCCUGAUAAGCAAAACCUUCCACCAAGAUGGUUACGAGCAGGCCGCCGAGAUGAACUGGCACGCUGCAGCAUAUAGUCUAACCAUAGGAUCCUUUAUCCUGGUAUCUGGUCGCCUUGGGGAUAUCUACGGCUCAAAGAAUGUCCUCGUCUUCGGCUGGAUAUGGUUCGCAGCGUGGUCUAUCAUUGCGGGCUGUAGCGCGUUCACACACUCAGCAAUCUUCUUUGACGUGAGCAGAGCUUUCCAGGGUAUCGGACCUUCGCUGUUGCUUCCAAAUGCGCUGGCUAUUGCCGGGCGGACCUACGCACCUGGGCGGAGGAGGAGCGUUGUGUUUUCACUCAUCGCUAUGUGCGCUCCGCUGGGCGGCAUCAUCGGUGGUCUGGCAGGGUCCGCACUGGCGCAGUAUGUGUGGUGGCCCUGGAUUACUUGGAUCUCCGGGAUCGGAUGCUUCAUGGUCGCUGCUAUCGCGUAUCUCGUGGUGCCUCAAGACCGAGACGAGAUCUCGCCUAAAGUUAUUACAUUCGACUGGAUCGGAUCAUUCUUUGGCGUCGGUGGAUUGAUUCUACUUAACAUCUCUUGGAACCAGGCACCCAUUGACGGAUGGUCGACCCCGUACGUGUACGUUCUCUUGAUUGUAGGGCUCAUCUUCCUCGGCAUGUUCGCUUUGCAGGAGAGACGAGCUGAGCAUCCUAUCAUGGAUGUUUCCAUCUUCAACGGACGCGUGAUGGGUAUCUUGCUCACCACUGGCCUCAGCUGGACGAGCUUCGGCAUCUGGUUCUACUACAUCUUCCAGUUCCUUCAGCAUGUUCGAGGCCUAUCGAGCCUUGAGUCUGCACUACAGUUCGGUCCCGGAGCCAUCUCUGGCAUGGUAGCGCCGUUGUUCGUGGCCUGGUCAGUAGGAAAAGUUCCCGCGCCUUGGCUCAUGGUCAUUUCGUCAUCAGCGUUCUUGAUGGGCACCGUAUUGUUGGCGACCGCCCCAGUGGAACAGAAGUACUGGUUCAACGUGUUUUGGUCUUUUGUUAUCAUGGCAUGGGGGAUGGAUGUCUCCUUUCCCGCGUCGACGCUCUUCCUGAGCGACUCCGUUUCGAUCGAGCAUCAGGGUAUCUCGGCGUCACUUGUUAACACCAUCAUCAACUAUUCGAUCGCUAUCGGGCUGGGCAUCGCGGGUACAGUCGAAUACCAGGUGGUCAGAGGUACUUCGAAUAAAUCAAUACUUCAAGGAUAUCGGGCAGCGCAAUGGACAUCCGUGGGCUUGGCCGGCUUGGGGCUUGGUGUUGCUCUACUGCUGGUAGUGCUGAAGCGGCAGAGAACGCUAGGAAAAUCUGAACAAACUGCUUGCGACAGCGAGGAGUAUGUCUAGAUAGGAGUUCACAAUGUAUGAUGCAUGAGUUGGAUUCUCUAUGUCAUUGGGAACAGAGCUGAGAGUCGUGUUUGGUAUAGAGGGUCAAACCAGACGACCCAGUGUAGGUGCUCCUCGUAUUGUUUCAUGGUCUCGAUUCCUUCAUUCGUCCU